AUGAGCAAUUACACAACCAUACUCGCCCGAAAGCAGCGCUGGGGCUUUGUCAUUUAUCGCACGGAUUACUCUUCCGAAGCAGACUGGACAAAAUUCCUUGCCAUGUUUACUACUUGGUCUCUUCACGGGUUCCCCAGCCCACACCUCGAGAACGGCCGUCUUGCUAGGUCAUGGCAACAUCACUAUUGGAUGAAUGAGCAAUCGCAAUUUGACGGCGCCACAAUCAAACAACUCCGACAGCACUUUCAAGAAUGGGUAUCGACUCAGGACUUCGUGGAGCAAAGAGCCUGGCCUGAGAGCUAUAUGUUCCUAGUUGUUGACAAGGAUGUACUGAACAACAUCCGUCCGCAAAACCCUGAGAUGGAUUUCCUGCCUCGGGAAGAGGUGCCAUAUGUCAAAGCUAUAGACAGAGACUGCCUGCGUGAGGGCGAGGAGUACCCUGGCUGGAUGAAGUUGGGUUUAGAGUCUCUACUUGAUGUUUACAGUAGAGGCCUGUACUUCGAAACCAUGAGGGGACUUCGUUCUCGACACUCUGAAUGGUAUAAAGGCCGUCUUCCGGAAAAAGAAACGUAUCUGGAGGAAGAUGAUGAGUCUGACUCCAGUUUGAGUAAGUCAUCUGACUCUGAGGUUGAUAUCCAGACAUCCGCAACCUGA